ACCUGGGGCACCUCCUGCCGUAUGCCCAAAAGUGGAACGCCGCGGACAUCACUCCGGCGACCCGCGGCAUGGGCAAGGAUCGGCUGCCGGCACCUGAUCCUGUCGGGGAUCGGUGUUCUGAGGAGCACUUCAUGCGGCUCCGGGCUGCCGUAAAAGAGCUUGACAGCGCGUGGUACGAUUCCACGAACAAUCUGACGGUCACCGCUGACACUCGGAAGGCCCUCUUCGAGGAGCUUUUAUGGGAGCACCGGGAGCUCGCUGAGGCACAUGACAAGUGCCAAGUGAUCCCGGAAGCUUCCAUCGAUGCUCUCAAGGAGCAGCUCGCCACGGCCCAACGGGAAAAGGACGAGCUCAACCGGCAGCACCAGGAUGAGCUGAACGCCCUCAAGACCAGCUACCAGGAUCUCAAGUCUCAGCUGAUUCAGCUGGGGCUCGAUCACGCCAAGGCCCUCAAAGCCGCUCGAAGUGAGCGCAGCGGCCAAGCUCUGUGA